AAUCACAUCACUGCUGAUACUCACAGAAAAGGGAGGAGAGAGAACAAGAAAUAGAAGGAGACUAGCACCCAGGGCUGGCAGGAGAAGGGAUCAAAGGGGUGGUGUGGAGAAGAAAGUCUUGUUUAAGAAGUCCGUACUGAAACAGGUAUAAUAGGAGGGACAAACAGCUGAACAGAACAAUUCCCUUCUGAGACUGCCUCUGAAAGGUUGCCAUGGCUGUUCCCCUGGCAACGAGGACCGUGACAAUGCUGCUUGUCAUUAUUGUGAUGCUUUUGGGUCCAUCACUGGCAUUGAGCAACGAGCUGGAUUAUGGCAAUUGGAACUACAGAGAAGGAGCGGAGAACGUGAACGUGGCUAACGUUCGGAGCGUGACCCGGCUGCUGGACGCGUGGGGGAAGCGCAUCUUUAACGAGAUCAAAGCUCUGCUGCACUCACAGCCCAGUGCUCUCCUGCCUGACUACUCCAGGGUUCGUCCCCUCUCCGAAUCCCUCAACGAUCUCUUCAGAGAAGUCUCCCACUUACAGAGGCGCAUCACGGACCUCAAUAAUCGCAUAGCAACCUUGGAACCUUUCCUCCGUCGCCAUGGUUACCAUGAGGUGGGGGAGCAAAGCGGGGGGGGCAAGGAACCCGUCCCACAGAGUGUGAAAAGGGCAGGGACCAGCCUGGCGAAGUUUCCACAGCGAUACAGGGUCCGAAUACUGCGGCCUGUUAGUCGCACAGCACAAACCAGGAAAAUGGGGAUGCACAAGGACAAGAAUGAGAGAGCCAAAGUGGAAAUGAAAGAGAAAGGGAAGCAGGGAGGAGAGAGAGAAGAGAAGAUAUGAAAUAAAUAUUAAGAACCCACUUUUUAACUGUUUUUAAACAUAGAAAAUUGUUUUAAGGUUUGAAAACUGCAUUAUGUGGCAGGUGAACUGUCACUAACAUAUUAAACAUACGAAAGGAAUCAUAUAUUGCAUAUAAACUGUACAAGACAGUAUUUUCCCUCUGCUGCCUGCAGUAGCAUAAACUCAGAUCUCACAGGUCUAAUCAGAGUUCCCUGGCAGAAGAAACUUCGGAGCCACACUCUCUGGUCCAUGACUACCUCACGAUGGGUAGACAACUUUGCCUAAUGGGGGAAAAAAAAGAGGGGAAAGCAUGAGUGAUUUGCUAAUUUAAGUUUUCAUCCAAGUUACCAUACAUUAAAAUAAACAAAAAUACACUUAAGAAUUUUCUUUGUGGGCAAGCUCAUUUGGAUCUUUGAGCUGAAGUUAUCUAACACGCGACCAACAGAGACUGAGCUAAAUAAACCUUUCAGCUGCUUA